AUGGAUGUCGUGCUCGAGGUGGUUGACACCUUUGUUGGCGACCAGCUCUACGCCAAAUUGCUCCCAGCCGGUUCAGCUCCUUAUGACUUCCCUCACCACGCGAACGCCACGGCGCAACCGAUCUCGACAUGGCAGUAUAAGCCCUCGACACAAAUGCUCUACCUCGAGCCUUCCGAGGCCGCAUAUAUGAGCGCCUGGCCAAGAGAUAAUAUCUUCCGACAGUUCACAUCUCUUUUCCUUGUCACAUGGUUCUUCGGCAUCCUCAACUACUUUGUCUUCGCGACUCUAUCGUACAUCUUCAUCUUUGACAAGAAGACGUUCAGCCACCCAAAGUUCCUCAAGAAUCAGAUCCGCCUCGAGAUGAAACAGGCCAACAUGGCCAUGCCGGUCAUGGCAAUCUGCACCGCGCUCACCUUUGUCGCCGAAGUGCGCGGCUACUGCAAGCUCUACGAUACCACAGAGGAGGGCCCCGGCCGUUGGUACAACUAUGCGCAGUUCCCGCUCUUCAUCCUCUUCACCGACCUGUGCAUAUACUGGGCUCAUCGAUGGCUACAUCUCCCACUCGUCUACAAGCACCUUCACAAGCCUCACCACAAGUGGAUCAUGCCCUCGCCCUACGCCAGCCACGCCUUCCACCCCCUCGACGGCUUCGCGCAGUCGGUCCCGUACCACGUCUACCCGAUGCUGUUCCCUCUCAACAAGCUGGCAUACGUCGCACUGUUUGUGUUUAUCAACUUUUGGACCAUUCUUAUACACGACGGCGAGUACAUUACCGACAACCCCAUCAUCAACGGCUCAGCGUGCCACACCGCCCACCACUUGUACUUCAACUACAACUACGGCCAGUUCACUACCCUCUGGGACCGUCUCGGUGGCACCUACCGCAAGCCCGACCUAGCCUGGUUCAACAAGAAGACCAAGAUGGCCAAGGAGACGUGGGAGUCCAACAUGAAGGAGAUGGAAGACAUCCAAAAGGAGGUUGAGGGCGACGACGACCGCCAGUACGUUGCCGCCGAGGCGAAGAAGACGAAAUGA